CCGCAGACUGACUGUGGGUUUAAAGAACUCAGUAAAGUCAUUCAUUACUAGCAAACUAUAAAAAAUAAAAUCUGAAAUCUAAAACUAAUACACUCAGUUCAUUUUAUUCCUCAUAAGAAACUAUAAGCCGCAUGAUACAUCAUUUUACCCCAGAUGACUUGCUGACUCGAGAUAAAGUCACUGUACGGAAACGGAGUCUGUGCGUAAUAACUUCAUCUCUUCCUGUUUCAUGCCUUCACUCGGCUCUCAUCACUCAACCAUGACGCUCAACUCUUUGGACCUUAAAAAGGGAUGGAUGUUUAUGCUGGACAACUGCGCAGAAUGGAAGAAGUUUUGGUUUGUUCUGGACAGCUCUGGACUAAAAUACUACACCCACCCCGACGCUGAGGAGGGGGAUGGGCCCGAUGGAGAGAUUGAUAUUUCAUGCUGUCUAGACGUGGUGGAGUUUGAAGCGGAUAAGAACUAUGGCCUUCAGAUACACAUGCAAGAUGCAGAAAUCACACUGUCAGCCAUGACCUCCCGCAUCAGGAGGAACUGGAUCGACAUCCUGCGGAAACGCAUCAGUACCGCCGAAUCGCCCGACAGCGCGCGACAUCGAGACAGCAUCGGCACCUCGCACAAUACCGACACGUUUGGGUUCUCGCGUCCAGAUCGGCACGAUUCAGGGUCGGAGCGCACAAGCCCGUCUCACGACGACCCCGACAUGAUGUCAUUGCCCCUGACCAAUCACCGGGAGGCGGGCGUGGGCCGAGACAUGGAACAGGAAAAGCGUCUGGGGGACAGGACUAAGUGGUUCCAGGAGGCCGUCUCGGACAGGGAGGCCGACAGCCCGUGGGACAAAGUGCAGCUGAAGAAGGGGACGGCGGCUCGCGUUACACAGCGGCCGCAGGUUCCCGCGACGGUGGCGGGGACGGACAUCGAGAGGAAGUGGGAGGAUUUUGAGAAGAUUCCUGUCGGGGAGAUGAGGUCUUUAUCUCUGAUUGGUUCAGACGCUCCGCAAGGAACCAGUGACGCACUACAGAACGAGGUGCUGUCUCUGAGGAGGGAGGUCGAGGUGCUGCGUAACGGAUCCGCGGUUCCCUGUGGCCCGGGUUCGAGCUGCGCCUCCAGACUGGAGGUUUUAGAGAGAGAGCACAGGGAGAGGCUGCAGGAGAUGGAGCGAGCGCAUGAGAGACAGAGGAGAGAGAUGGAGACCCAGAGAGAGCAGAUGCUGCAGGAGGAGGCGCGGCACGCGGCACAAGCGAUCGAGGCUCUGAGGAAAGCUCAUCAGGAGGAGCUGAAGAGAGUGAGACGUGGGGAGCAGACGGGAUCGGCUGGACCGGACUCCGAGUGUGUGUCUCUGCAGCAGGAGUUGGACGGUCUCUCGGAGUCGUACUCUCAGAGGUGUGUGGAGCUGACUCAGUUACAGAACGCCACGGGACGGAGACACACACUGAUCGAGGAGACGCACAGAGAAGUGGAACUGCUGCGCAGAGAGAACCAGGACCUGCAGGCGCGCCUGAGCGAGGAGAUGAGUCUCAUGCGCUCCUUCAUCACAGGUCAGAGGUCAGGGGUCGUCCCCGUCGAACACUACGAGCGCAGCGCCUCGGAACUGGAGAUGAUGUUGCGAGCGAGGGAAAAUGAAAUCAAGUCCUUACACAAGGAGAUCAGCUGUCUCAGGAGCGAGAUCCAGUCAUUAAUAAAGGAGAAGCAGGAUCUGAGCGAGCGUUAUAAGACCGUGUACGUGGAGCUGUGCGGACUGAAGGGGCUCAGUGACAUCGAGAUCGGCUCUCUUAAAGAACACCUCCGGCUGACCAGCGCCGCCCUGGAGGAGGAACAGCAGCAACAACUGAGACCUUAAACUAACCACACACACACCCACUAACUCGGACGCUUUCACUCGCCUCCGUCACAGAUGUGAAAGAUGUCUCUCCCUCCUGGCAUGGCUUUGGAUGCUGGAGUGUUCACUGAGAGAGACGCGAGGUGCUUCCUAUGCUGGCUUUGUUACCACAGAAUAAACAGAAACGUGUAUUACUUUAAAACAUA